GUUUUUUGCUUGUAGCUCGCGCUCGCUCGAGCCAGCGUGUGAUUUUCGGCAAUUUAUCGUCCUCUCGUGAAAAUUUAAGCCUUUUCGUGAUCAUUUUCCGUGAUACAGAAUCAGAGUAGACCAGCUGAAUCAGAUACGCCAUGGAAACUGGAUUAUCCGUGGCAUCUGCAGAUGACGAUUCCGCCGCGGAUGGUGGCGGAGGGACGGGACCCGCGGGCGAUGUACUGGCGAGAAGCAGAAGUUCGGUCCCGACCGAGGAAACUCGGCGCUGCAAUGCGCAUCGUGCAGCACGUCCACCGAUCGGAAGAUCGCCGAGGGGAGCCCCACUUGCUGCGUUACCCAUCGCUGCAGUGGGAGCAGUCGGAGCAAUCGGUGGUGGACAUAAUCGACAGAAAAAACAAAAACAACGGCAACAACCUCAGCAUGCCGGAGGAAACAAGCAAAAGAAGCAGCAAAAGUGGAAAUCGAACAAGUAUCGUGGUUCGGCCAAGGGAGGAAGGAAUGACAAGGUUGGUGCAGCGGGUGGACAGUCUGAAGAUGUUUCCGCGAGUAAUGGUAUCACUGGUGAUGACGGUGCUGGCCCGGCUGGAAGCAAGCAAUCAUCAUCCGGAGAUAAUGUUCAGCAAAAGAUGUUCUCUGAAAUAGGCCAGCAGCAGCAAAGUGCGGCAACGGCCACAGCAACGGCAGCAUCGCAAAUACAAACAACAACCAUUGCCCAAGGUCAAGAGGGAACAAAAGGUUCCACUUCCCAGCAACAGCAGCAACAGCAGAAGGGAAAACACUCAAAGCAACAGAACCUCAGCCCGAUGGGACUACGGAACAAGCGACUACAGUGUGCGUCCAAGUACUUCCUGCCGGAUAAGCGUCCGCGUAAGGAUUGCAUCGUACCACCGACCAAGUUUCUGCUCGGUGGCAACAUUUCCGAUCCGCUUAACCUGAACAGUUUACAAAACGAAUCGGAAAAUGCGGUCACACCGAAAUCGUCCCCGAUUCCAACGCCACCGCACUAUAAGGCCAAGAUUGAGGUGAUCAUACCGCCCAACAUCAACGAUCCGCUGCAUCUGCUUGAUCCCGUCGAUUCGGUUGAAUACGAGAUGCAGCUCUGCUCACCGAUGAAGCGCAAACAACGGCCACGGAACAAACGGAAACGUAAAUCGCGUGCCUCAGGCACUGAUCGUAGCUUGAGCGAGCCGACAGGAGCAGCACCAGCAGUAGCUGGAGCAGGAGUAGCCAGUAGCUCGAUGCUGUUGAUCGAACAGUUGCCUCCUCCGGACAGUGAGCAAGCGGAGGGUGCUGGAACCGCUGGAAGUGUGCUAGUGGGAGCUGCAGGUGGCGGAGUGGAAGCAACAACGGCCGAAGAAGCAUCCUUCACUGGAAUCGGACAAAAGCUGUCCGAGGCAAUCAACAGCGAAUCGUAUCCAGCAUGUUCGUCGGCUCAGCAAGCACGGAGCACUUUGUUGAUAGCUCAAGGGCCCCAUACGGUCACAGUUGCAAAUGCUAGUGCGGCAUCCACUGUAGCGACUAAUGUUGGUGCGAACGUUAGUCGCGGAACCUGCUCCUCAAAUGUAUUGCCCACUGGAGCAGCACCGACAUCCGAUCAGACGAUCGAUCGUGAAAAAGCAAUGCGAAAUUUAAAGCUCGAUCUCGAAGCAUCCGGUGGCCGUAAGCGGCGUACCAGCGAAAGCACCAACAGUACGAAGAACAAGGUCCGUCGAAUGGAUUCGAUGGAUAAGAUAGUCAGCCCGGUGAUACCGCAACCGGGGGGUUGGAAACGCGGCCACUGGCCUGCUGGACAUACUGGUAGCGGUGGUGCAGCCGGUGGUGAACGAGGUCGCAACCGAACGCGCACAUACUCCUCGACCUCCAAUGCGGACGAUGAGACCGGCGCAACGGAACGGGAAGGAGCAGAGUGCCCGGUUCAGGAGCGUUUACUUGUGCACUCGGAACACAUGUCAGCGGAUCCUUACCUGGGCCAGGUCGGUGAACCGGUGGCAACGGCCGAAGGUCGUUCACAGAACAAUCAUCAUGAUCGUGCUGCAUCGUGCGAAAGCCGUGCAACGUCAACGUGCGAGGGAAUGGCUGAUACCGGCACUGGAUUGCAAUACCAGACGAUGGUUGAGGGGGAGCGAACCAAACUAGUUCCAGAUCUGUUAAUGGGCAGCGCGAUCGAGACGGUACCGAGAACUAUUACAACGACGCUUCCCAUUUCCAGUCGAUAUCACCAUGGUAACUACGAUCGUUACUAUGGUUACCACAGUUUGAACGAAUUCAUUGACGUGCGCCUAAAGGUGUUUCUGCGCAAUCCGUAUUUGUUUCGCGAAAAGGAUGUGCUGGACAUUGGUUGCAACGUGGGCCUCAUGACGAUUGCGGUGGCCAAAAUGCUACAAACAAAGUCAGCUACCGGGAUCGACGUAGAUGGCAAGCUGAUCGCAAAGGCACGGAAAAAUCUGGCCAACUAUGUGCGCGUGCCAAGAAAGAUUCCAACGACUGUGUCGUCGGUAGGAGCAAAGCGUAGGAGUGGCGCCACUGCUACGGUUACACGUGCCACCACCAGUAUCAAAGAUGAAAUGCCGGAAGCCAUGCCGGAUCUAGAGACACAACAAAGGUCGGCAGUGACGGUGGAAAACGAAGCCGCCACAGAGGAGGAUGAGGAAGAGAAACAGCGACUGUUGUCAACAGGAGAUUCUAGAAGUACCGCCACCAGCAGCACGAAUGCUCUAUCGAUAAUCGAAGAAACAAUAACUAGUCAUCCUAUUCGCCAGUGCGGAUCAAACGCUGAAGAGACGGGUUCUCUGCAUACCGUCGCAACGUCAGUUAUGGUCGUUGAGGACGCAACUCAUAAUACAGUAGCACCUGUUCAUCAACCUCUGGCCGUAGUAGCCACAUCCGGCGAAGAAGGCGGCGAAUACGCAGUACAAAGUGGUGUAGAUGGGAUUGAGGCAAACGCACACUCAAAAGAAUCGGAAUGCGAAAAGAACAAUUCGAGAUCCGAGCGACAGCGGGAAAUCGUCGAGCUGUUAAGUAAGCUGAAGCAAAAAAGGCGCCGAAAACGGUUUCUUCCACGCCAAGGUGGCCGUCACCAGCACCAUCAUCAGCAUCAUCAUCAUCACAACCAGCAUCACCACCACCAGCACCAUCAGCAUCAUCAAAAUCAGCAUGGAAAACACGGUGGUGGUGGAGGUCAUCAGCAUCAUGGUAAUGCCGGUGGCCGAAGCAAAACAGAACAAACGCAGUUCUUUCCGAUCUCGUUUCCCCUAACAAUGGGCAAUCUCAGCGGUAAAGAGUGUCAAAUGGACAUAGGCCAUCCUGAACAUAAAUUUCCACACAACGUUCGAUUCAAAACGAUGAACUAUGUUUUAAAGGAAGAAUCGCUAAUCAACUACGAUACGCAGCAGUACGAUCUGAUACUGUGUCUUUCGGUCACCAAGUGGAUUCAUUUGAACUACGGCGAUGCAGGCUUAAAGAUAGCUUUCAAGCGCAUGUUCAACCAUCUACGCCCGGGCGGCAAACUGAUCCUUGAGGCGCAGAAUUGGGCCAGCUAUAAGAAGAAAAAGAAACUCACGGAAACCAUUUUCGAGAAUUACAAGAACAUCGAGUUCUUUCCCUGCCGCUUUCACGAUUACUUGCUGAGCCCUGAAGUUGGCUUCAGUCAUAGCUAUCCGCUAGGGAUACCGCGUCAUUUAAGCAAAGGCUUUCGGCGGCCAAUUCAGCUCUACAUAAAGGGCGAUUUUACGCCAUCACAAGCCAAAUGGAGCGACACGUAUCAUCCGGCGACACCGUACGAGAACCAUCGGGGCAUUUACACGGACAUAGUGACCGCUUCGCAGACAGCGGCCGGUUGUAUAUGGGGUGCAAUGACACCGUAUGCGCCUAGCUACAGCUAUCGUCAGCCACCGACGCCAUCACACAGUAGUGGAGCAAAUGGGGGAACUGGCAGCGGUGCCAGUGGAAGCGGCAAUGGCUUCGCGUCUACUUCGCCCUAUUACAAUCCCCGGCAGACGGAUAGUUAUCUGCCUAGCUACGAUAACUACGGUAAUGGGUACCGGCCUGGGAGCUACUGCUUUGCGUCACCUCUCUAUUCUACCACCUGGUCACCGCCAUCGGAUAUGCUGGCGACGAGCGGUGGGGGUGGUGGAUCGUACCGCCGUUCUGCCUCCAACACACCGAACUCGGCUAGUAUUCGAAGUACGGACAACGAUGAGCAUUAUUACGCGGGGACGGUCGGUGGCAGCAGUCAACGACGGCACCACGUGUAUCCGCCGAUCGACGUGUUUCAGCCUCUGCUCGGGCAGGAACAUAUGCGCUUGGGCGGUGGUUUCCGUGGUGGCAAUGGGGGUGGUGGUGCCAUGACCGAUUCCGACUCUGAGCUGUCCUCAAACUCGGCAUCGCAAACACCAACACGACAGCAGCAGCUAGCCGGGAGCUUUCUGACCGAUGAUCAAUCCAAUUCACCGAGCGGCCACUCGCAACCGGACAAAUAGUCGAACACUAUUUUGGUACCACUGUCGUCCGCCGGGUGUAAAGCCAGGGCCUGGUCUCAUCUGCGUUGCCACGAAACUGUGAUUGUGAAACCUUCAUUCGUAUCCAUAUUGUAUCGCCUAUUAUCGUAUCGUGUGGCGGAUAAUUUUUUGUUAUUUUAUUUCUUUUCUAUACGACGCACGACGGUCGUACGACGCGCAACAAGGGCUCAGCACACCGGAUUUGUGUGGUGUGUCCAGAAUUUCAUUACGAAAAAUCGUAUAUCUAGGUCAGAAAGGUACACCAAUGAACCAAACAAAAGCUGAUUAUGACGAUGAUGAUCUUUCUAAUGAAUGUGAUUGCGAGAGAAAGUUAGAGGACACCGAUGCGUGUCCUAAUCUUGCGCGAAGCAGUAUGCAACACAAGCACAAGCACAUUAUUUCAUUAUUGUUAAUCAGUACGCUAAAAGAUCAUUCGCAUAGGAGCGCAAGAGGAUAGAUAGAAUAGUUGCCGUGUUUUCGUUAGUAUUUCGUUGCUCCCUCCCCAAAAUCCCGUGUCGGCAGGGGCAGAACAGGUAUUUCAUAUGAGGAGGGUUGUGUUAACUACAAGCACCAGCGCCAAAUUUUGUCGGCAGUUUGUUGGCAACCAGUAGAUGGCAGUUACGAAUUGUAUUUAAACCAGCAGCAUCUCUUGUGCUAGAAUCCCUUUUGAGUUUUAAGGCAAACAUGGAAAAUAAAGCGUGUCGCGAUUGGCGCACAAAUGCAUUUUUUGGAAAAACGUUAAAAAGUGAAGCUAUUGAAAAACGAUGU